AUGAAUAUUAAAUUAUUUUUCCAGAUAGAAAUUUCUUGGAAUUUAAAGCGAAUAAAGCUCUUCAAGAGUCUUUCUCUUGGUUUCUGGAAUAAGCAGAGAAGUGAAGAAACCGACCAACAUGAAGAGAGCAAAGAUCUCCAUCACGUGUGGCAACCAACAGUUCUUCUUCUUUCCGUCUCUGGCACAGUUGUGGUCCUGCAAAGUACCGAUACAGGUUUGAGCAACAAUAGCACCAACUUUACCGGCAGCAGCCGAGAUACCGUGGGCAGUAGAUCUGUAUCUGGUUGGGUAACAUUCACCAGGAACAAUGAAAGUGGUGAAGAUAGCGGUCAAAAUGAGGAAACCACCGAUUUGAAUUGGCUUUCUUCCAACAGUGUCCACGGUAGCAACAGUGAACCAGUAACCUGGAAUGGAACCAGCGCAAAUCAAAAUCAAGUUACCAGCAGCUUGGUUGUAAAGGGAAUGGUAAACGUUCUUGGAAGAUGCGAAUCCGAUGGUGGUAAGAAUAGAUGCAGUGUUAAGACCGAGACCGUAGUAGGCAACAUCCAACAUGAACCAGGAGCCUGCAGUACCAAUCAAAAUCUUCAUGUGUCUCCACUUACCGAAGUGGACGAAGAAGUCUCUAGCAGAAGCCUUUGGCGGACCAGCAACCUCGUUCUCGGAAAGUGCUUGCUCCGUCUCCUUCAGGACCUCGAUUUGACCGGCUUCAGCGUCACCGUGCAUACCGGAGGUGAACUUAGCAGUGUCAGCUGUAGCCUUUUCAAUCUCUCUGGAAACGUCAAAGGUGUAUCUUGGGGAUUCUGGGAUGGUCAAUCUGAAGUAAAGAGCAAUCAAACCUGGGACACAUCCGAAACCAACGACGAUUCUCCACAUUUGGUCACAAGCUCUGAUACAGUCACCGGUACACUCAGCAGAGGUGUUUGCGACAAUCAAAACAUCUUUGUAGCCGGCAACACAAAUAAUGGCGACAAUACCGGCAAGAAGUUGACCCCAACCUUGGUUGGCAAACACAGCACCCAUGAUGGCACCUCUCCAUUUGGUGGUGGCGAAUUCGGAGGUAAUAAUGGAACUCAAUGGGUAGUCACCACCGAUUCCGAUACCUUGGAUAAUUCUGUAGAAAGUAAGGAUAGCUGGGAAAGAGAUGGCCUUGGAUUCACCAAGGGUACAUUGAAGCACGGUGGCAGAGAUCAUGAUGAUCAACUCAGUACCGUAAAUCUUCUUUCUUCCGAAAAGAUCUGCGAGUAA